AUGUCGAUCAUAUCUGUCGCGGGCCAUCAGGUGGUGAAGAACUUGAACGAACCGUCUGAGAUCAUGGCAGUACACCUGGACAUUUACGCGGUCUACCUGAGGCAGAAAGAUCGCAAGUUGGAUUCUAGAGCCGUAAGAGUGUUACUCACAACAGGUGGACCGAGACUAAUGAAAGUAGAUGGACACUACAUCGAAGUUUGCGGCCCAUAUCCAAUUCUGAUGAAUGUGGACGGCAUAAACAUUUACACGAAAGCUCACGUUACCGAUAUAAGUGACCAAGUAGCCGGUUCUACAUCUGUCGAGAAGAGCUUAAAGUUCGACGAUUUGGACACAACGCCAUGCUUGAACAAGACGCAGUCGGAUCUGAUUCCGACUAAUAUCAAAUUGGCUAAUCAGGGUGCAAUAUACGUGACCGGAAGGACCCCCAUCAUCUCGUUGCACCUAGGAAGGAGGCAUCUCUGGAUGGAUUUCCUGGUCAUCGACAAUCUUAAUGAGUCCGACCAGUUCAUCCUAGGACGAGCAUUUGUGCGCAACUUCGAUGUCACGAUUGACCUCAACGACGGGUUGAUAAGAAUCAAGGACCCAGAUAGAAAGAUGAGGUACCUGAAUGAUCUUUGUAACGACAGACAGGUGUGUCUGGCUCCCAAGCCAAACAGUAAAAGCUCAGCUAUUUUAGGAAGAAGCUUCUCGUUCACUCAGAGUGGACUGUGUGUGAGUGUGUUGUUGAACACAGAGGCAACAACGGUGACGAUACAACGAGGCAAGAAACUUGGUUAUGCAUUGCCCCUGAGCACAGAGUAUCAGAAUGUGGAGAACUUCAAGAAAUAUGAAGACGCAUACCCGAUUCCCCGCAUCGAUGAGAGCCUCUCCAAGCUAGGAGAUGCAAAAUUCUUCGCGACGUUGAAUUUAGGCUCUGUGGAAAAGUGGAAAAGAAUGCCAUUUGGACUAUGCAAUGCGACGGCUACGUUCCAACGAUUAUUGGCCCAGGCACUCACUAUUGUAACUAAAAAGCAUGGCAACCUCAUAAUGAGUUACGUUGAUGACGUGGUUAUCGCGAUACAAACGCUGGAUGACCAGAUAGAGAGACUAAACGAGUUCUUUACUUGCAUGAAACAGGUCGGCCUGAAGUGCAAACCUUCCAAGUGCGGAGUUCUGAGAGAAUCAAUCAAGUAUCUGGAUCGCCUAGUAGAUAAAAACGGGAUCAGACCCGAUCCCGAAGCGGUUGAAGCGGUGUUGACAUGGAAAGCACCGAAGACCGACACGCAAUUGAUGAGUUUCCUCGGAUUCGCUAAUUAUUACCGAGAUUUUAUCAAGGGGUAUGCUGAGGGGAGCAUGCGGAAAAGAAAUCCAAAUGUUGAUGGAAUAUGA